AUAAAUCCCCCAAAGCAACAAGGCCGGAGUCCUUGCAAGAGUUAAACCGCCUGUUCCACCCGAUCCUGAAACCAGUUGAACAGGAGCCCUUGGUCUUAAGCCGGCUUAGUGCUGCUAUUGAGCGAGCGCUAAGCCCCGGAGCAGGAGAGGAGGCCUGGGAAGAGAGAGACAGAAGAGGGAGGGAUGGAAGGGAGGAAGGRAGGAAGGAAGGAAAGGGGGAUGCCCGAGUUUGUUUGCCUCCCUCCCUSCCUGCCUGCCUGCCUCCCACUCCGCCCUGGAUUAAAGGCCUCGGGAUUUGAAUCUGAUGAAGGAAGGGGUGCACAGAGCCUUCGGGGAGAGGAAUAAACUGCAGGUAAAUGAAGAGGAACGCAUGCCCAAACAGUGACUCCAACCCACAUACCCUGUGAGCUGUCAGAAGCAUGUAUCAAGCAGGAAUUCUUGAUAUCCCACAGAGGAAAAAAAAAGCAAGGGAGGCUUCUAAGUGAUAAAAUAAUAAAAGGGACAAAGAAGUCUGAUUGUGAAUGAAGAUAAAUCUGUCACCAGAGUGAUAAAAUAUUUGAAACCGGUGGCAACCCUGGGUCUCCAAGUUCACGGAAGGUUUGACAAGAGGCUUACUCCAGUCGUGAAAAUGGAGAAGCAGUCCUGGGAAGGUCCCACCGAGGGACUGGAAAGUACAGGAAGAGACGUCUUUUCCAUCCAGUCUGGGAUCAUGCGAGAUCUACCCCGUUGGACCAUCAUGAGGCAGGAGGGCAUCCCUCACCACCUGGAAUCUCAGUGGCAGGAUUUCUUGAAGACCAUGCAGUCCUCUCCAGUGAGAUGGGGAAGGCCACCCUUGCCAGAACUGGCCUCCUGGGAUGACCUGGUCGCCUUUGAGAGGGUGUUUGGGGCCUGCCAGUGGCCUCAGGGAGACAUGGUGGCUCAGCUAACGCCCGCUUUCUACCCAGAAGCCCAGGAGGCCGCUAGCCGCCGGAACUCCAGAGACAAAAUGGAUUUUGGGAAGGUUAAAGCUGCCUUCCUACAUGGAAAUUCUGUUAGCACAGAGAUUCACCGCCAACGCUUCAGGCAGUUUUGCUACCAGGAGGCCGAGGGCCCUCGCGAAGUCUGCAGCCGCCUGCGGGAACUCUGCCAUUGCUGGCUGGAGCCAGAGAGCCGUACAAAGGAGCAGAUCCUAGAGCUGCUGAUCCUAGAGCAGUUCCUGACCAUCCUGCCAGAGGAGAUCCAGAGGCGGGUCAGGGAACGAAGCCCAGAGACCUGUGCCCAAGCAGUGGCCCUGGCAGAAGGGUUCAUCCUGAGGCAGCAACAAGGCGAGCUGCGGGAAGAAGAGGGUCCUGAGCCAUUCCAAGAAGCGGUUGUGGAUUUUUCAGGAGCACAAAGAGUUCCUCCGAAUGCCAGGCAGAGGCAGCUUGCCAAGGAGGCGAGAAGGGAGGAUGAUGCUUUGGGUCCCAAUCCUACAAGCAAAUCUGAGGAACAGCAUGACUCUAAGGAGUCCAGGGAAGCAGAGGAAGAUGAGGAGGCUCUUCCAUCAUCCGAGGGAAUCCAAAGAAAAGAGAAAUGCCACCUCUGCAUUGAAUGUGGCAAAAGCUUCACUCGUCCCUCAGACUUAGCUAAACACCUGAAUGUUCAUACUGGAGAAAAACCAUACCUAUGUGUUGAGUGUGGGAAAAGCUUUAGCCAGCUGUCUCAUCUUACAAGACAUCAGAAAAUCCACUCAGGAGAGAAACCACACAUUUGCUCUGAGUGUGGAGACACCUUCAGCCAGCGGGCUUACCUGGUCAGCCAUCAAAGAAGCCAUUCGGGAGAACAGCCAUACCGCUGCUCAUACUGCCAGAAAUGCUUCAGCCAUCAGUCAGCCCUUAAGAUCCACGAGCGAAAUCACAUGGGCCAGAAACCCUAUGCCUGUACUGACUGUGGGAAACGGUUUGUUUCCUCUUCCUCCCUCUCAACCCACAGGAGGAUCCAUACAGGGGAAAAGCCCCAUGCCUGUGGGGUGUGUGGGAAAAGAUUCAUCCAGCAUUCAAACCUAGUCUCACACCAACGAACCCACUCAGGGGAGAAGCCGUACUCCUGCAAAGUGUGUGACAGGAGGUUCGCUUACCCUUCUGAUCUUACUAGGCAUCAAAAAAUCCACACGGGAGAGAAGCCUUACCCCUGUGAUGAAUGUGAGAGGAGAUUCACCCGGCUCUCUGAUCUUAUUACGCACCAGCGCAUUCACACAGGAGAGAAGCCCUACCGCUGCCUUGAGUGUGGGAGAAGGUUCAGGCAGAGGGGAGUGCUGGUGAAGCACCAGAAGUGUCACUCAAAAGAGAAUCCAAAAGAGAGUGAGUUGGUAUUGCAAGCCAACCAGGAACUCAGCAUUCAGGACAUAAAGGAAGAGCAGGAGAACCUGGCAGAGUCCCUCUUGAUUUCCUCAUCCAGUCCCUGAUGCCCAUCAACCCUACAUAGCUGCACAAGAAGGAGCAACAGUCUUGAGCACAACCCUGGAAAGUCUCCAUUGUGCUUUCUUCUGGUGCUUAGGUUUGGUCAUGAGAACAGCUGACUAUUGCUGUCCUCCACUUGGCUGUGGUUACAAGUGUGGGAGGGAAGAAGCAUUUUGGAGAGGAGCUGUAAGUUCAGUAGGGAAAUUUUGUUAUUUUCCUCCUCCACAUUUCCUUGGUCACUGUGACCUUUGGAAGAAGCUGGAAUCAUGCGAUCUGAUUGGGAUGCAGCAAUAGGGAUGGGAGGGGAUACCCUCUUCCUAGGAAUGAGUCUGUAUUUUGUUGGCCAGAUUAAAUAGGUACAAGGACUCUCUGCAAAACAAAUAGCUCUCUGCUACGUUGGGAAAUAACUGCUGAAGGCAUUCAUCUGCUAUCUAUCAACCCAAGGAAUGGCUGUGACAAUGACCUCUUCACACAUUGUUAGCUGGGGACAGAGUGAAUCAAGUUCUUCCCUGCUAGGCAACAGUCAGCAGAGGAUGAAGGAAUGUAGUCAGAUCACACAUAAACCAACAAUGCUUUAUCAUACAUAGGCCCUAAUGCAGAAAUACCGGUGUUAGUAAUAUUCCAUGCAUCAUUCCAUAUUAAGCAUUGGUGGUGACUCCCAUCUUCCAUUCUUUUUUGUGUCAAACCCAUGGGCUGUCAAUCCAGACAGGAUGAUGCCUAGUCAGCUGCCAUCAUCACCUUUUCAUACCUGUCCUCCUCCCUCACUGCCAACUCCCACAUCAACUUGAACUAGAAUCAUAGAGUUGGAAGAGACCUCAUGGGCCAUCCAGUCCAACCCCCUGCCAAGAAGCCAACUAGGGCUGAUUAAUAAUGUAACAACUUGACUUAUACUUACUCGGCCCAAUGGCAGCAAUUAGUGUGACUAAUUCUGGCACUCCAGAAUCUCAGAGAGGAUUUUGUUCAGCCUUGAUGUGCGAGACAGAAAAGGACAGGGAUCAGAUCUGAAACUUUAUGCAGGCAGGGGCUUCUACCACUGAAUUAUGGCCUGUUGAUUUUGACAGCUAGAGCUCAAACCUGAAAGUUAUUUUCAUACAUGGUGGUAAAGAGAGGCAGCCCUAAUUUUGAUGCUGUUACUUAGAAGAAUGGCCAGUCUAAGCUAGGCAGCAGGGAAAGAAAUCCCCCCCAGGCCUUAGUAUUAAUGAACACUGAAUAGAGUUGUACAUUGAGGUGGAGAAUGUGAGUAGGAAGAGCAGGAACUAAACUUGGCUUGCACAAAUUUGUGCUUGGCGCCUGUUCAUUACUGCUUGUUUCUGUCAGGACUCCUGCAGUGUUAAAUACAGAAAUUCAAUUAUGGAAAAAGCUGAAUUGCUUCUGUUCAAGACCAUGGAGCCAUGCCAGGAAAUAAAAGUGGCAGCCUAGUGGAUGCAGUGGCUGAUCUCUUCCCGAUUUUGACCCAGUGCUAUCACGUCAAGUGAAACAUUUUGAUGUAAAAUGUGAACUGUUGCUAAAGUUAGAUCAAAGUGGAGGGAAGGGAAUAGUUGCUUUUGAAGGUGGGGUAAGAAUUAGGUUAGAGUGAUACUUGUUUGAAAGCAGAAAACAUAUUUUGUAGGACGAGAGCAUCCAAAACAUUAACAUGGAAUUGACAAACAGGUGAUCUGUGAUUUCACAGAAGCAUAGAUGCUUCUCCUAGUUAUCAUACUAAUCUUGCAAAGUUUGUGGGUAAUCCCUGUUAGGGAAGCAAAGUUAUGUUUGGGAUCGAAAGAGGGCGAGGGAGGUGCAGACUCAAAUGUCCAGUCACCAGAUGACAGGGAUUUUGUGUCCUAGUAUAGGUAGUAUCUCGCCUCUUUUCAUGAUACCAGUGAAAUGACUGAAAUGUCCAUUUAAUUGCAUAUAACUUCUUGGCAUCAAAAUUGGGAUAUUUACUAAGCAGAAUUUCUAUACUGUACUAUUAGAUCACUUCAGGCAGGGGGCUGACAUAUUAUCAACUUCAGAUUGUUUUAGUAAAUACAAUCAUGCUCCUGGAAGGUAACCACUUUGGCCCAUACUUUUGUGAACAGUACAAGUUUGCAAGCAUGAGACAACUGUCAACAUAUCUCACCUUACACAUUUCCGCAUCUCUUCUGACAUCUUGGAAAUUAGGUGCUUUUUGGUUCAGACAUCAAGAGAAAGGCUGUUUAGCUCCAGUAGUUUCUGUUACAGUUGUGUUAAGUUGUAGGACAUAGAUAAUUAGGGCUAAGCCCCCCCCUGCUAGUCCUGCCUACAACAGACUCAUUGAAUCAAUAGGAUUUACCAACAGUGGCUCACAUUCAACAACUGAUCGAAUGGGUCUGCUCAGUUUGGAGUUUCUUUCUUGUUAAAUACUCAUUUCCAUCCCACCCAAUGUGUUUUUACAGUUUCUUUGCUGAGUAUUAUCCAGUAUCAUGUCAACUUAAAACUGAGGUUACUGCAUCGUUAUUUGGAGUCUCACAAACCGGUGAUGUCAUAAACAAGAAUUCUGUCACUUAUUUUCUUAUCCAGCUGAAAACAAAAUUGACUUACAAUUUUCACAGUAAAGCAUGAAAGCAGAAGGUCAGUGUUGGUUCUUGCUCAAGUAACAAAAGAUAAUUGGGGGUAGGCAAAACAAUAUUAAAACAGAGGGAAUAUUUGGGGGAGGCAGUACUUAGUUACAACCAAAUCUCAGUGUUAAUACUGUAGUAUGAUUUACAUAGUUCCUUAAUGCUUUCCAUAAUUAAAAUAUAGUUUGUAUUCAAGAAUGCUGUUGAUUGUCUCGACUUAACCCUGUCAAAUUACAGGUUCACCAGAGGGUGGACAGCCAUGGAAAUACGACCCAACUACAAAAGACGUAAUGACUAGAAGGCUGUUCAAACAAUUUAACAACUCAUAUUAAAAUGUCUAUGUGUAGGUUUGGGACUUAACCUAAAUAAAAUUCCUUUGAGAUUUAGAAAGA